AUGCCAACGGUCUUGCUCCCGUCGUCGGCCGCUGCCUUCGCGCCGCGGUCGUCGCCGAAUGUGGUGCUGAGCACCAGGAUCGAGCCGUGGCUGACGGCCACCUUGAAGCGAGUCAACCGAGUCAAGCGACCUCUGAACAACGUGACGCAACACACCAGGUGCCUGACGGAGACCCUAUCCUCGCCCAACGCCAUCUGGACCCUAUGUUCCAUGACGUUCCCCAAGGCCCCCGACUCGGAACUCAGGAAGGACGACAACCCUCUGGUCGAGGCGAUUUUCAACUAUCAAAUGGUCCAUAUCGAAGCCUACGUGGUGCAUGUCGACAUGGUCUCGCAGAACGAAGUCGCCUUCAAGCUUACCCCGGAGACGAUCGAAUCGCUAGUCGACUUCCACAAGGACGUCUAUUCGGUCGACACGGCCGCCGCGCUAUGGGAAUGGUCCGAGAAAGAAAGCCAGCUGAAGAAGUUGCAGGAGGAAUUUGUUCAGGCCGCCAACAAAUUUGUUUAUCGCACCAGUGUGCAGGCGCUGGAAGGCCUCGAGGAGGAUGGUGCGGGCGAGCUGCUCGGCGGCCGAAGUGAGGACGCAAAGACUGCGAUUUCGAGCCUUUUCACGCCGCUGCUUCCUCCGCCGCCGCCUCGGGCAGGGGUCGUCGACGUCCUUCGCUCCACGCCGCUGCUGCCCAGCUCUACCGGGCCGGAGACGUGGUGGCAAGACCCCGUGCAGCCGUCGGUCUCGAUGGAUUCGUGGAAAGUACUGCCAUCCAGCCCAGCCACGGCCACUACAGGGGAUUCUAACCCGAACAUGUGGGCCAGUUUCAACAACCUUAAUGAAAUGCCGAUUGCCUCGCCGCCGACGCCUUACACCCAACCGUAUACCGCCUCGCCAUACACCACGCCGCAGUCGUACAGCAUCGCUGCGACAUCGGCUGCUCUUGCGGUGCUUCCGUUACCCAGCAUGCUGGUUCAGCCUUGCAGCACUGCGGCGAACAUGAUUGGCUUUGGAUGGGGGGACCGCUACCAAGACUUUGCGCUGCCGCUCCAAUACGGGACAACGAUGUAA